AUGAGCAACUUUGGGUACCGAAAAGAGCUUGGAAAGUAUGAGGACAUCGAUGAAGAUGAACUUCUGGCCUCCCUGACCAGCGAGGAGCUCCAGGAGCUGGAGAAGGCUAUGGCUGAAAUGGAACCGGAUGAGAACAUACCCACUGGGCUAAGGCAAGAGGACCAGACGGCCAAGAGGCCAACGGGCGCUUUUUGCCGAGAGGCUCUGCUGAAGUACUGGGAGGACGAGACUCACAGAUUGCUAGAGGACAGCAUGGAUGAGUGCCAGACAGAUAAGAGCGAACAGGAAUGUGGCAGUGAAGAGCCUGAGGAUAAUGAAGAGCAACAAAAUGAGGGGUUUAGAAAGGGGGGUGAUGGGGAGAAAAAAGUUAGGUCAAGCAAUUGCAACUUUGUGGACUUGGAUUGCAUUCGUGUUCGAAAACCUAAUGGCAUCAAUGAAGUUGCCCUCCACCAUCACAUUUCUCCAGAUAGACCAAGUAGCAACCCCACUGAUAUUGAUAAGACCUUGGAGAACAUCUUGAGUAAUGACACCUCCUUGAGUGAAGUCAACCUAAACAACAUCGAGAACAUAUCCCAGGGGGUUUUAGUGAGUUUUGCUAAUGCCUUAAUCUCAAACACUCACGUUGAGGUUUUCAGCAUUGCCAACACCCACGGGGAUGACCAAGUAGCUUUGGCCUUGGCCAAAAUGCUGAAGAAGAACUGCAGCAUCACUAACCUUAAUGUUGAGUCUAACUUCAUUUCAGGCAAAGGUAUUCUGGCUUUGAUUGGGUCGCUUCAGUACAACACCACACUGGUGGAGCUCCGAUUCCACAACCAGCGGCAUAUCUGUGGAGGCCAAGUGGAGAUGGAGAUGGUGAGAUUGCUGAGGAAAAACACCACCCUGUUGAAACUAGGCUACCACUUUGACUUACCUGGCCCAAGGAUGAGCGCAACUGCCAUUUUAACUCGCAACCAGGACAGCCAGAGGCAAAAGCGGCUACAGCAAAGGAAAGAGCAAGGCAAUUUGGAAAGAAGUGCAGGACAAUCAAACACAUGGGAGACUACGGACAACACGCAGUCUUUUCAAUUCCAUAUUCCGACCGACAAGGACACGACGCUAACGAAGCAGAACUUGGUCUCUUCUCAUUUACAACAACCUCACAGUCAGCCAAACAGUGUGAAGAAUGUGCCGACUAGGAAAAUUGCUGAAAUGGUCAAGCAACAAGAAGAAACAGCCAUGGAUAACAACCAGGCUAAUGCAAAUAAAGGACACAAACUCACAGGGGACAAACAUGGCAAGAACAUUCAAGAUGAAAAAAUAUUACCUUUGAGGAGAAAAGAUGACACAAAUAAUCUGGGAGGCGCCCAGGGGUCGACACGUGAUGAUCUACUGGCAGCCAUUCGUGGCAGCAGCAUUGGUACACUACGAAGGGUAAGGUGUUUAUUAUUUUGUCCAGGACAUGGAGAAGCCAAGUCUUAAAAACACAGUACCCAAUUAUAUUGCAAUAUAGCUGGACAGAAUAAGAACUAAGGGUGAAAAACCCUGCCAGAUCGGGUAUCUUGGAAAUUGAUUGCAAGAAUUUAAGCAAUAAUUACAUUUUAUACCAAGAACUGAAUGAUUCAUUCAGUGUUUUUCCUGACUGAGACAAUUUAAGUUACUAUGAAAUUAUUAGCCAGGCAGUGGAAAACACUUUCUAGUUCAAAUUUAAUAGAUGGACAUUUUUCCAUUGUAAUGCACAUGCCAAUCUGUUUGAAAACAUGCUAUUUGAUGCUAAUAAUUAAAGAAAAUUAAGGAUAUUGUAUGCAAAAAUGAAAAUCUUGCCAUUUCAUACCUGUAUGACUUUAGUUUAGAA